UUAUGAACUAAUUGACUUCCGGUUGUGUAAGACGCGCAAGUGUUUAUAUGUCUCCUGUCUGCACAUUUCCUCUGUCUUUGCCAAUGUAUUUGUACCUUCGUUCUUUGGUGAUCGACUGCUAGACCGCUUGCUUCCGGCAGUAGUGAAGGACUCUGAUGUUGUCGCGCGUUGCUGAACGCGUCACGUGACGGCGGUUGUAAUCGGAGUCUAGAAACUGUCAACAAGAUCUAUUUUGUGCAUGUAGAAGUGGAUCCAUGGGUGUCCUGCGGGUGCUGUCAGUCACCAUGGGAAGGAUCAGCACAUUUAGGUCUUAUCAGAUCAUGCUGCUCUUUGCUGCAGCCUUGGCAGUGGUGGCCUUCUACUACUUUGGCUCCGAAAAGCAGAACUUCUCGAGCACCACAAAACGGAUCAAGGAAACACAAGCAAGCCACAACAGCAACCGUGAUGAUGCAGAUCUUUCCAUAGACAUCCGAUCUGGACGUUCAGAAAGCAGAACAGGAACUGGAGAUGACCUGGAUGGAAAGCCAUCACGAUUUCAUGCUCUCAUGAUGUUCACCAAGGUUUACAAGAGCUUGAGCUUGCAGAAGAAGUUCCAGGUGGCCAUGCGCUCCAUGGUCAAACACGGACGCUUCCUGGAGGAUGAGAUGCUGGUUCUCCAUUACGUCUCUGAUGCAGGUAGUCAGGAGCUGGGGGAGAAGAUGCUUCCUGAACUUCUCCUGGAUGCAACUUUCCGGUACGAGGUGGUGUUUCACAAUGUAGAUGCCCUUACUGAGAAAUUAUUCCCCAUCGUGGAGGCCAUGCAGAAACACUUUAGUGCAGGUUCUGGCGCGUACUAUAGUGACGCCAUCUUCUUCCUGUCGGUGGCCAUGCAUCGCAUCAUGCCUGCAGAACUGAAGCACAUUGUUCAGUUGGACCUGGACCUCAAAUUCAGAAACAACAUCAGAGACCUCUUCCAAGAGUUUAACCAUUUCCCUGUGGAGGCUGUCAUUGGAAUUGCACGUGAAAUGCAGCCAGUUUACAGGCACACUUUCUGGCAGUACCGCAAAGAGAACCCCAAGUCCUAUGUGGGUGACCCUCCACCAGAUGGUCUGCCUGGCUUCAACAGCGGCGUAAUGCUUCUGAACCUUGAAGCCAUGCGUCACUCUACCUUAUACAACCAGCUUCUGGAGCCCGAGCGGGUGGCUCGCCUUGCGGAGAAAUACCACUUUCGGGGGCACCUGGGCGAUCAGGAUUUCUUCACAAUGAUCGGGAUGGAGCACAGGGAACUCUUUUACCCACUUUCCUGCAGCUGGAACCGACAGCUUUGCACAUGGUGGAGGGAACACGGGUAUGGUGACGUCUUCCAGCUGUACUAUCACUGCGAUGGGCCGGUGCACAUCUACCACGGCAAUUGCAACACUCCCAUACCUGAUGACUGAGGCUCAAAGUGCGUCUUUGAAUGCUAACUUUUCGAUUAAAUUCUUUUGGUUGCACAUCUUGAAUAAUUUUAAAUCAAGUGGUCUGAAAGGAAAAAGGGGCUUGUUGUUAGAGGUGGUUAUAAUGCAGCAUUCCCAUGACUAAUCACAUUUACACAGUAUAACCCAGCCAUUACCACAUGAAUCAUUCAUUUAACACCGCUGAGGCUGUUGAAGCCUUUCCAAACUUACUAAAAGUCUCUGACUCCAAAAAUGAAAAUUGCCCCAUGAUUUACUCACCCUCAAGCCGUCUUAGGUUUUUUAUGUCUUUCUUCUUUUAGACAAACACAAUCAAAGUUAUGUUAAAAAUGUCCUACGUUAUCCGCUGGAAUGCCACUCUCUCGUGAACGUGUGCACAGUACGACAGUUAGCGAAAACUAGAGAUUACAGUUUAUAACGUUACUGAUAUUUUUUUUGUACACAAAUGCAUCGCUUCAUUUCAGAAGACCUUUAUUAACCCCACAGAGCCAUGGGGAGCACUUUAUAUGACGGAUGGAUGCACUUUUUUGGACUUAAAAAAUCUCGACCCCCAUUCACUGCAAUUAUAAAGCUGGGAAGAGCCAGGAUAUUUAGUAAUAUAACUCUGUAUUCGUCUGAAAGAAGAAAGUCAUAUACACCUAGGAUGGCUUGAGGGUGAGUAAAUCAUGGGGUAGUUUUCAUUUUUGGGUGAACUAUCCCUUUAAAUACCAGUUGCUUUUCUCUGUUUAAAUAAUGCAUUGUGGCUUUGACUCUCAGUAGUCUGAAUUUCCUCAUGCAAGAGUCUCAUCAAAUCGCUCUUAGACAGCAGGGAAGGAGCCAAUCAGAGAGUCUUUUCUUGUUUGCAGGUGCAGUUGCACUCUUGCAGUCACAUUGAGGUGCCACUUAUCUUCCGAAUGCAUGCUUUAAAAAGUGGACAGAGCUGAUGCGUAUAUUUUUACUGGUUAUAUUUUCAAUGCAAUCCUUCGUUCCUCUGCUUUUAUGCAGUGAUGAAAGCAGGGUGGAAAGGGUUGUUGACCCACUUUCCUAAGUUUUUAUGCGCUGAUGUUGGAAAUCCGUUUUCUCUGUGAUGUGCAACUGAAUCGCCUUAGAACAGCCAAGAUAGCAUCUAGAACAUCUGAUCAGUGGUCUCAUCUAGAAAACAUUCUUGCUGAGGUGCUCUGAUCCGCCUGAGAAAUGGGGAAGUGGGAUUUGCUGGAGAAUACCAAAGGGAACAGCCUCUGGCUUGAAGGGGAUAUACGCUAUAUUUUGAAGGCAGAGCACUAGCUGUUGUGGUUGGCUGGCAUUUUUUGAGCGAUGUUGCUGUUGGCGAAGCUCUGUGGGAUUGUGUGAAACGCUCGCUAUAACCUGUGCAAUGUCAAAUCAAGAGACGGAGAGAAAGAACUGAUAAUGAAGCCUCACAUGUGUUGGCAGGCAGCCAUGAAAUCCCACUUCAAGCUCUUCUUGGUCCAGUUUUGUGAGGCUAAGGACUGCGUGUCUUUGGGAUUUUCAAAGAAUUUUGAAAAAAGAAAAACUUUUCAAAGUUAACCUUUAAUUUGCUAGUGCAGUCACAUGAAGUAUUCACACUUUUUCCUGUUUUCUUUCUUAUGUAUUCAUUUUCAUUGGAUCCCAUUCCUGAAAGAUGUGCAAAGGCACAUUUCUCUGUAAAGUGUUAUUUGUACGUUAUCGAUUUAAAAGUUGGGGGUAGAAACGAUUUGUAAUGUUUUUGAGGGAAGUCUCUUAUGCUCACCGGGGUGCAUUUAUUGAUCAGUAAAACAGUAAUAUUGUAAAAUAUGAUUACAAUUUAAAAGAACAGUUUUCUCUUUGAAUGUAUUUUAAAACGUAGAAACAUAUCUUAUUAUUAUGUGUUGCUUAAUAUUUUUGGUGGAAACUGGUAAGAUUUUGUAGGAUUAUUUAAUGAAUAGAAAUUUGAAAUUCACUUUUGAUGCAUCCUUUCUGAAUAAAUGUAUGGAUUUCUAAAAAAAAAAAAAUCUUACUCACCCCAUCUUUUGAACGAUAGGCUCACAAAGACUAAAUUGUUGCAUUCAAUUCACAGCAACAGUCGGUACAGUAUGAACGUGUGUUUUGUUUACCUUGUUUUCCAUGAACAUUUCCCCCCCCCAAAGGAAUCUCUCAGGGAAUAUUGAUGGAACAAAACAAGUUUUAGUAGAAGGAAAUUUUAAUUUUUUUUAUAGUGCAGGUUUUUCUUUCUAAAGAUCCAUCUGUUUGACGUACAAAUUUGAGUGUUGAAUGUAAAACACACUUGUUUUGUAAUAAAUGUUGUGUCUAGAAAUUGAAUGUAUUAAAACGAAUGAACAGAAUUCCAGAAGUGAAGGAAAAUCACAUUUGUAAUAUAUCUAAUAUAUCAUUCUCUCCAUUCAAAUGUAUUGGUGGUCUGAAUAAAAUUCCUUCUUUUUCUUAA